AGUCGGUCGUCGGUAGAGUGUAGAGACUAGACACUUAGUCAGUAUGCCUCAGCACGCGACGCCGAGCGCCGCGACCGCGACGGUGCUGAUAUUCUCUCGCACAAAUACAACCGUGAAAACAAACACCGCAAUUAUCUCGACGCGAUAAAACGAUACAACGCUAUCAGUUCGUGAUAAUUCACCAGUGUGAUAACAGAUAAAGUAAGUGGUCGACGCCUGUCGCACGGCAUAUUAUGUAAAACCCUAAAAGUGAGUUUUCUGGUGCAAUUAUGGCUGCGAUGGCGGGUUCUGGCAAAACCAUCUCUAUCUACGACUAUCCGGAACACUUGAAUCCAUUCCACGAGGAAGACAAUCACAACAAGAUAAGGUUCUGGACUCUAGGAAGAAAACUCAACCGUUCCAACAGCAUCACUUUCUCCGGCAUCAAAGACCUUAAAAAUUCUUGGGCGUUUCGUUCGUUCUUGAAAAAAGGGAAGAAAGGCCAACAGUCAUCACAAGAAAAGUCUAAGUCAAGCAACCAGGUGAAUGGUGAAAACAGUCCAAUAUUGUAUCGACGAGCUUUACAAUACUCGUCUGCAUCUACCACUGGAACUCGAAGCACGGUCGGGUCACCAGAGCGCUACGUGUAUGGGGGUUCCAUCACCCCGCUCCCCCGCUCUCGAUUCCAAGAGCGCCUGCGAAGUUCCAGCCAGUAUGACACCAGUUCCCUAAGCGCAACACCGCGCAUGGCGAGAAGUGAAAUAACAGGGUCACGUUUAAGUGUCGAAAGUACAAACCCAUUCGACGAAGACCCCGUUCCACCUGUACGAGCUUCGCGACGGAAAAAGAAGCGAGCACCUCCUCCGCCCCCCGUAGCAGUGGUUGGCGAUGUUUCGGUCAAUAGCGAGUUGAGCCAAACAACGGAGUUGCAUAUAACCGAAGCCGACGUUAGCAAAUCUUCCAAAAAAGACUCUGAUCAUGAGUUAGAGGAAUUAAAUACAAACAUUGAACUGAAAAUCGUUGAAGAUCAUGAUAUCAACGAAAAUAAAACUAAUGUUAGCGUUGAAGCAUCCACUGACGUAACGUCUAAUAAAGAAAGAAAUGAAAUCGCUGAUGUUAUAAAUGCAAGAACUGAAGAUAGUGGUGCGGAUAUAAAAUCACUAGAAAAAACUGAUAACGAAUGUAUAGAUACCAAAGAAACAACGAUAAAGAGUGCUGAUUCUGAAGAUAAUAUUUUGAAUUCUGAAGCUUUUCCAAAAGUAGAUAUAGUAAAAUACCGAAGAAACUCCAGUGUAAAUGAAAAUGACAUAAGAUUACGACGUGGUAAUUUAGAAGACUUCCAUUCCUUAUCCAGUAAAAGGAGCAAGAGUCUAACAAAUGCUCUUGACACUAAUUAUAUGUCGUACGACAUAAAUCUAAAUGAACAUAUAGAUAAAGAUGUAAAUGAGAACGACGAGCCGCAAAAGGUUGUGUGUAAGCUAUACGAUGAAUCCUCUCGUAAACAAAGUAUUGACACAACUUCAAGUACUGAAAAAGAGUUUAUCGAAAUAGAUAAAGCAACAAGAGAACUUGAAAGAGAAAUAAAUAAACUAAAUUCGGCUUUACAGGAAGAAGACAUUCCUUCGAUUGAAGAACGUUUAUCUGUCUCAGAAAUUAAAAGAAGAUUUGACAAAAGCGACACUUCAUCGCCUAAUCCUAUACCAAAGCCUAGAAGAAGUCAUUACGGUGGUUCGUCAUCACCCGUCUAAUAAUAAAAACAAAAAACAGCUUUAACUGUAAAUCACUAGAAAAUUCUAAUUGUACAGAAGAGAGAAUGUCACAUGUAAAUUUGAUACAUGCAAGAGGUCAUAGGAUAUACUGUAAAACAAAAGUCCGGUAUAAAAUACAAUAACUUUGUAUACACGCGAUCUGAGUCAAGUCCUACAAUAUUUCUUUGAGUAAAUAGUUCGAAUAUAUAAAGUGAUUUACAGUUUGACACUGUGAAACAUUAAAUAUUUAUUUGUACUACUUACAUUUAACAGCAAGAGUUACCAUAAUGUAAUACGUAUGUAAGGUAUAGAAACGUUUUCCGCAUUUUUAAUUAUGUUUAACUAUUAAUGAAACUGAAGCAAAUAUCUAAAUCACAUUAGAAAAGGGAUCUCAAAUUUAUUUACACACUAUCAAGGGCCAAAUGCAAUACUUUAUGCUAUAAGUAAUUAUAACAAAUCAUCCUCGUAACACACUUCGUAAAUGCCUUCACCGAGAGAAUGAGAUUUUAUGUAUUUAAAUAUAUAUUUUUAUACCUAAGUGGAGAUAAAAUAAGCCCUAUAUUUAUUAUUGCUUUUGCCAUAAAGUAUGUUGCGGCUUAAACUAAGAUUUUAUUGUGAUAACUGUAUCGUUAGAGUGCACGCUUUUGUAAUCGCUACGUCGAAGUCAAUGCGAAGACGCUGUCUGUUAAAAUAUUAAAAUUUAUCUGUAUAAUACGAAUAACAAAAUAAUCAUAUCAUACAUUUUACUACAUAUCAGUGGCGAGGGGUCAAGUUAUUUUUAGAAAUUUAAAAUAUUGAACUGACAACAGAUGGGGUAGAAAAGUUCUUGAGACCACAUACUGGCAAGCAGAGCUUUGGACGUUCUUCUACAAGGUGGCUAGACGAAAUCGUCAAGGUCGCAGGAACUAGAUGCAGGUCGCUCUGGAAAUCUGGGAGAGGCGUAUGUCCAGCGGUGGACUAUCAAAGGUUGAAGGAGUUGAAGAAAAUAUAGAGACUGCAAAUCUGCGAGUGUAAUUCUAAUGGUAAACCAGAAAAAUUGGACUUCAUGUAGGAAACCGGCAUGUGAAACAAGCGAUUUACUGUACUAUCUGUAGUGAAUAAAUGAGAGUAAAUGAAAUAUAUUUUAAUUGUGCAUAAUACAUAUUAUAAUAAUCUUAUAGACAUAAAUUCACAAAAG